AUGGAUGGGUUUGAGGAGAAUAUGGGUGAUGAGGGAGUGGUGCCCCACCCUCCCCCUCUCCCUAUUGAUGGCUUUUUUGCACCUUCCCCAGAGGUAGAGCUCUACGCAGGCCACUAUGCCAAUGCCCCUUUACACGAUAACCAAUCGGAGAUUUUCGCGCAUGAAGACGAAGAUGGAGAUGGAAAUGGAGAUGAAGAUGGAGGUCCCUUACUUCCAGAUCCUAGCCAAAUGCGCGAACAAGGCGCUGCUUUUCGCGAAUGGCGGCGACAAAACGCCAUAUAUCUUGAGGAGAAGGAGAAAAAAGAAAAGGAGUUGCGUAAUCAGAUAAUCGCCGAAGCCGAAGAGUACAAACAGAAAUUCUACGAGAAGAGAAGCCAAAUCUGCGAGACGAACAAAGCUGAGAACAGGGAAAGAGAGAAAGUUUACCAUGGGCAACAAGAGAAGUUCCACAAAGACGCGGACCAACAUUUCUGGAAAGCAGUAGCAGAGAUGAUACCGCGCGAGGUCCCCAACAUUGAGAAAAGGAGAGGGAAAAAAGAUGACAACAACAAGAAGCCCUCAGUCGUGGUUGUUGACGGCCCGAAACCCGGAAAGCCCACCGACAUGUCGAGAAUGCGCCAAAUGCUGAUGAAGUUGAAGACGAAACCCCCACCACACAUGAUGCCACCCCCGCCAAAGAAAGAAGAAGGAAAAAACCCGUCAAACGAAGGAAAAGAGCAGUCCAAGGAAGGAAAAGACGAUAAAAAAUCACCGGAAGUUGGUGAAGAAGAGAAGAAUAUUAGUGUUGGUACACAAGUGGGAUCUCCUGUUAAGCCUGUUGUUUCACCAGUUAAAGAAGCUCAUCAGCCGACUCCUAAAACACCCAAGCCGGACGAGGCUUCGGCUAAUAGUGAAGACAAGGCAAGCGUGGAGAAUGAGUCACCAUCCCUCAUGUCUUGA